CAUUAACAAAGUACACCAUUCUCUCUCUCUCUCAUAACACCACUUGCUAAAAUAGAAAUUAAUUAAAAAGAGAAAUAUCUAAAUUCCCAAAUGGCCUUCAUGAAGUCAUCAUCAAACAAGCUCUCAUCACAAGCAGUACUUUUGAAGCAAAAGAGAGGUUCAAGCUCAGGAAAGAAACAACACAAUGAGAAUAAUAAUGUACCCAAGGGACAUUUCGUUGUUUACGUUGGUAAUAAUCGUAGCCGAUAUGUGAUACCCAUUUCGUUCUUGUCACGUCCCGAAUUCCAGAGCCUGCUUAGGGAAGCCGAAGAAGAGUUCGGGUUUGAUCAAGAGAUGGGCCUAACCAUUCCUUGUGAAGAACAAGUUUUUAUUGAGUCACUUACUUCAUUGCUCCGGUUUUGAAAACAUAUCGAUUAUAUAUCGACUGUUACUACUUAAUUUCUUUUUCUUUAUUAUAGUUAGUAUAGAUCAAUCUAGCUAACCGUGCAUUAAGAGACAAUUUGAGGUUAGACCCAUAAUAUGGAAUGGGUUUUUUCUUAAUGUAUUUCCUUUUCUAAUUUCUUGUUCCUAUAUAUAUAUAUCGAUAUUUUUAUAUA